UUGAGCGGAAAUUAGCGAAAAUGGUGUCGGAUGAUACCGUCUACGGGGUUCUUUUAGUAUUUUCGGUCGCGUUUGGACUGUACACGAAGAAUCUUAAAGGGGCUGAUACUAGACAAACCGUAUCUAGCAUAGCCGGAUUUUGUACAAUCCUGAUUAUAUGCCAUUUACACGUUUUCCACUCAAUUAUCACCGUAAUUGGAACUUGUGUCGUGCUGAAAUGUGUGCCUCACCGGAAAUGUCAUAUUGCAUGUUUCAUUUGGAGUUUUGGAUAUCUGGCAGUAUUUCGCACUGUUCAUCUUCUGGGAAUUCCUGCACCACCUCCUCUUUGUAAUGCUGUGCAACUGUUCCUGACUUUGAGGAUGAUUGGGCUGGCCUUUGAAAUCCAUGACAGCAGGAUGGCUGUGUUCAAGGAGGAUGCCACACAGGAGGAAAAGAGACUUAUAAAGAAGUAUGUACAUAUCGAUCCAGACUUCUCAGACAUCUUCUCCUAUGCCUACUGCUACAUUGGAAUGAUGACAGGACCGUACUACAAGUAUCGGACAUAUCAGGACUGGCUAGAGGAAACUAAUAUGGAAAACAUUGCCACACAUACACCGUUCUGGAAGAAAGUCAAGCCAGUUCCCAUCAUUCUGGCAUGCUUCUUGGCCUUCUCUCACUAUUUCAAUAUCCAGUAUGUGGAAUCAGAUGAGUUCUCUGACCACCCUUUCUGGUUUCGAUUGUUCUACAUGGUGCCGAUGUUCAUCAUCUUCCGAACCCGCCUGUACAUCGCAUGGCUGCUGUCAGAGUGUAUGUGUAUCACCUCAGCUCUCGGAGCAUACCCAGUCAAAUCAAAACCCAAGUGUGGACAAGGCCCAACCGAUCUCAAGGCUCUCGAAGAAAUACAGAAUGAACCUGACAAGAAAUCUAUUGAGUACAACUUCCAGUCUGUGUACAAUCUUGACAUCUAUGGUUGUGAGUUGGCAACAACUACCAGAGAGGGUCUUCGCAGCUGGAACAUGACUGUACAGUACUGGUUGGCUACAUACAUCCAUCGUCGCAUCCCGGCCAGUCUCAAGGCCUACAGGGUGUCUAUCACGAUGGGCGUGAGUGCAUUCUGGCAUGGCAUCCACCCUGGCUAUUACCUCAGCUUCUUGACGGUACCACCGAUUCUCAUGGCAGAGGCAGCUAUGUCCAACGCAUUCCGCCGAGAAGCGUCUCCACGACAAUUGUGGCUGUUCGACUGGGGAUGCUGGUUCUUCAAGAUGAGGGGGUUUGACUACAUGUGUAUGGGUUUCCUCCUGCUGCGGUUGAACUCGACACUAAACUAUUGGUGGUCCAUCUACUUUGCUGGACAUGUGGUGGUGGUUUUGUUUUUGGUUAUUGGAAAUGUUUUUAUGAAAAAGAAAGGGAGUGAAGUGAAGAAGGAUUAGAUUUGAUUGAAUACAGAGAUUAUGUAAUUCCAAUGAACUGGUCCAGUAUGACAUGCCAAAAAGUUCUAAACGUGAUAUUUGAAAUAUGGCCACUGUUAAACUCAGGGAACAAGACAGUAAUUAAUGAAGUUGGAAAAUUAACUUUCUUUAUCCUGUUAUCAUAACAUGAUAAAAUGAUUGGACUUUUGGCUCUAAAACUGUGGAGGUAACUUUUCAGAAUAAAUGUAGGUAAUUAAACUUUCCAAGGUUACAGUGACACAAUAGAAAUUAAUGUUGAAAAACAUAUGUAAUUGGGCAUAAGUAGAGAAAUAGCAGGUCUUAUUUUACAGUUUGAUUGUGACUGUUGCUAAUCAAAUUAUUGGGUUCUUAAGAUAGAGCUAUUGUUAUGUUACACAUGUUAGAGUGAUUUGUAGUAUAUUGUGUAAACAAUACUUGUUAAUUUUUUCCAGUCGGUUUAUUAACAGGUACCAUUAUGACAUAUAUAUAUAUGUAUGUGAUUUCCAUAUUUUUUACAUUUUUAAGCUUUUGAAAGUUUUCUUUGAUACAUAUCUAUUCAUUUAUGUGUGAGUUGCAUUUCAAACAUAAUUCUUGUUUUCAGUUGAAAGUGAUUUAGGAGUACCUGUACUUUUACAUUUGACUCUCUUCUAGUUGGAGUUGAUUACAGAGCUAGUAAGCCAUGAAGCAGAUUGAAACAGAUACUUGUAAAGUUAUGUGUUUAUAAACAUGCUUUAAUCUUAAAUAGUGUACAGAACAAUUAACACUUUAAGGGCCUUGACUCUGUUCAAUAAUGUGAUAUGUGAUUGCAACACCACACUUUCACAUAAUGAGAUGUUAGCAGCCUUGUAGAAUGGGGACCAGGUCUUAUUGGCCUGGAUGUAUUUGGUAUUCAGUGGUUUGGUGUGUGGUGCUGAUGUGAAGAGAUUGAAGCUAGAAUUAUGGAAACUGAAAUAUGUUCAGUGUAUGUGAUGAGCUCGUAAAUUGUUGCUUCCUCUGAUUAAUUGUGUUCAUUGGGAAAUGAAGAAAUCGUAUGAUUUAAUAACAUUGUAACACAUCUGAAAUUUUCACUAAUUACUAAAUGAAUAGAAAUGUAUCUUUUCUUAUUAUUUAUAUGGCAUUUAGUAAAGUUUUGACUUAACAAGUCAUUUCUGUUUUGCCAGUUUUAUCUAAUGGUGAACAAAGUUAUCUCCCCCCUGAACAGGUAACAGGAAUCUACUCAUACAGACAGAUAACUGAAGGAUAUAUAUUAAUUGAACACAUGAUCUGGCAUACAUCAGUUACAUGUUUUUAAGAUAAAUAAUUUCCUAUCCAGUCGUACAGCCAGUUUGUCGAUUAAUAAUGCCUGUCAAAGACGCUAGUCAUUUAUGUUUCUGAUUACUCAAACCUCCUUUCAGGAGCUGAUUUUGAGCACUGCCAUAACACUUCCUCCUUCAUAUACUGACUGUACAAGCAUCUCAGCCCUACUUCAGCAUCAUACAACACAAAUACUGUAAGAUAACUCACAGGAGCUGUAAAUAAAAUAUACCCCAUCUAA